CAACACGAAACUUAACGAAGAGAUGGGUCAUAGCCUGAAUCGAAAGUGUGAAACGUUAUUGUGUGAAGGGAAAAUUGCGUUUUUGGUGUUUGAUCAGAUUUGUUAAAAAAAGAGGAAGAGUAGCGAGUCCUUAAAAGUUUAACUACAGAGAAAGGGGACUUUUUGGAUGACUUUAAUGAUUUAUGAUAAUCUUACAAAAAUCACAUGCAAGGGUGGGAACCUAUAAAGGGAACACUCAACUCUCGCUUAUAUUAUUUAUUUGAAUGUUGUGAAAGCUUAGGUGGAAAUGGAGAGUACCCCGAUUCUAAGGUGAGAAAACGUAAUUUGUGUAAAACUCACUAACAAGACUAGUUCAUGUCUGUAUGGAGAUUGAGAAUGUGGUUAUGUUCCAUGGUAUUAGGCCUAGCCUAUAUACCAUAUAUUUUCAAAACAUAUGAGAGCCAAUACAGUCCUCUGUGACGAUGCAAUCAAAUGUACAUCUUGAUAGAAAGUAAACUUGACAUUGUAGUCUGUAGCAGCUCACAUUGCUCAGCUACUUUAACUUUACCUGUUAUAUUUUCAUAGCGGCUAUGGAUCUUAUGGCACCGCCAAUCCUGGAUAUGCAUCAACAGCAGAAGGAAGUCCAGGUGAUACCAUGAUUCCAUCUCAUCAUCCAAUGUUUAUUUAUUGUGUUGAAUUAUUGGCCUAUUAGCCUAUCUACUAGUUGUAUUUCAACCUUAGGAAUAAUAGCCUCUGUCGUGUGAAUACCCACACCAUUGUGGGACUUUUUGAACAUUUUAAAAACUUCAUAAAGUAUUUGUUUAUAGCCUGAUGCUGUAAUGAUUAAUUUUCAAUUCAAAGUAGGUUCAAAAGGCCAUAUGUAGAGCUCUCUGCUGCUGUGAAUGAUGACAUCACAUAAUUUAAACUCAAGACAAGUAGACCUUGACGAGUUCGCUCGUCAAUUCCUCUCUGACAGAAGGUCCUAGGGUGAAAUAUCUUGAAUCAGAUGACGGUAGAGUGCAAGAUACACACUUUGUUUUUACCAGAAGUUGAACUCUUCCCUUAAUUAUAGAGCCGAAAAGGAGGCAAUAUGCUGUUUUCUGUCCCUAGGGACUGUCGUAAAAGUGCAAUUGUCUGAUUUUACAGUAGGUAUGAGGUACUUUGCUGCAUAUGCUUCUGUUUUUCCGACACCAAACCCACCACUGGUGUGCGUGGCCAAAGAGUUCUAUUUUCAUGUCCUUGGGCCAUUGCACCAACUGGAGUUUGCUAAAUGGCAUUGGCACUUGGAUUGGAACCGGUGCUAUGGUCAGAUGAGAGGGAAAUAGAGCUCUUUGGCCACACACUAGUGGUCACUGGUGUUUGGGGUGGAGAAACAGAGGCAUAGGCAGAAAAGUACCACACACCUACUGUAAAAUAUGGUGGUGUAAGGUCAACGGCAUUAUGAACUUUACCACGUACCAGGACAUUUUAGGCAAAAACUUGGUUGCCUUUUCCAGGAGGCUGAAACUUGGCCGGAAGUGGAUCUUCCAGCAAGAUAAUAACCCCAAGCACACAUAAAAACCACAAAUAUAUGGUAAAUUGACCACAAAAUCAACAUUUUGCAAUGGCCAUCUCAGUCUCCGGACUUGAAAUUCAUCUAAAACCUGUGGUUUGAAUUGAAGAGGGCAGUCCAUAAGCGCAGACUAAGGAUAUUAAGGAUAUGGGAAUAUUCUGUAUGAGGAAUGGUCUAAGGGUGUUUUCACACUUGGUCCCUUUCAGCCAUUUUUUUGUGUAGUGUGAACACUCCAAAGGAACUCAGAUCCCUCAAAAGAGCCCCUGAAGCGAAACGAACUGACACCAACCUCAAGAGGUGGUCUGAGUUUGGGUCGCUUGAAUUCCGCUGUCUGGUUCCCUUUUUUUAGGACAAUGUGAACACAAAGCUCCCCAGGUUUGCUUGUCAUUAUUCCUGCACCACACUAUAGACUACUGCAACACCAUUUCCCCUGCCAAAACCCCUCACAUUGGUGCUACAAAAGAGAUAAGAUGAUGAUAUGCAGGUUCGUGAAAGAAAAAAAACGUGUGCUGUUUUUGGAUAUCGAUUAGCGAUUCUCAAGGAUGCACAGAAAUACCUAAAUAUGUGUGUACUGACAUGAUGUUCAGAUUAUUUGUUUGUAAUAUGUUAUCUAUAGGCUAAGAGAGCUUUAAUAAGCUCUUUAUUUGAUUGUGGGGUUUGAAUAGUGUGAGAAGACAACAUAUUUGAUGAGAAUCACAACAUAGACUUGAUUUUGUAUCCUAUCUCUUAAAGGGGCAGUAGCCUACAUUGGAUGUACAAUUUUCAAUUACAUCAUUAUUUAAUCUGCAGUUAUUUAUUAUCUUACCAAUAAUAUUGAUAUGUUAAUAGUAUCUUCUGAUUGCAAUUAUUAUGGCUAAUUUUUUUACUAAAUGCAAUCUAUUAGCUUCCAAAAUGUAAGUAGAUAUAUCUAGCUGUCCGACAGCGUGUUCUGAUGGAAUGGCUUGUCCUGUACUUUAUAAAAACCCAGAGUGCAUUGAGUGAAUGUUGGAAAAAGAUCUUGGUUCCUGUUUUAAACACAGCAAUGUGAAUGCAAAGAAGACUCGGACCACAAAAUACAGUGGCUUGUGAAAGUAUUCACCCCCCUUGGCAUUUUUCCUAUUUUGUUGCCUUACAACCUGGAAUUAAAAUUGAUUUUUUGGGGGUUUGUAUCAUAUGAUUUACACAACAUGCCUACCACUUUGAAGAUAAAAAUAUUUUUUGGGUGCGAAACAAACAAGAAAUAAGACAAAAAAACAGAACUUGAACGUGCAUAACUAUUCAACCCCCCAAAGUCAAUACUUUGUAGAGCCACCCUUUGCAGCAAUUACAGCUGCAAGUCUCUUGGGUUAUGUCUCUAUAAGCUUGGCACAUCUAGACACUGGGAUUUUUGCCCAUUCCUCAAGGCAAAACUGCUCCAGCUCCUUCAAGUUGGAUGGGUUCCGCUGGUGUACAGCAAUCUUUAAGUCACACCACAGAUUGUCAAUUGGAUGGAGGUCUGGGCUUUGACUAGGCCAUUCCAAGACAUUUAAAUGUUUCCCCUUAAACCACUCGUGUUGCUUUAGAAGUAUGCUUAUGGUCAUUGUCCUGCUGGAAGGUGAACCUCCGUCCCAGUCUGAAAUCUCUGGAAGACUAAAACAGGUUUCCCUCAAGAAUUUCCCUGUAUUUAGCGCCAUCCAUCAUUCCUUCAAUUCUGACCAGUUUCCCAGUCCCUGCCGAUGAAAAACAUCCCCACAGCAUGAUGCUGCCACCACCAUGCUUCACUGUGGGGAUGGUGUUCUCGGGGUGAUGAGAGGUGUUGGGUUUGCGCCAGACAUAGCGUUUUCCUUGAUGGCCAGAAAGCUCCAUUUUAGUCUAAUCUGACCAGAGUACCUUCUUCCAUAUGUUUGGGGAGUCUCCCACAUGCCUUUUGGCGAACACCAAACGUGUUUGCUUUUUUUUUUUUCUUUAAGCAAUGGCUUUUUUCUGGCCACUCUUCCGUAAAGCCCAGCUCUGUGGAGUGUACAGCUUAAAGUGGUCCUAUGGACAGAUACUCCAAUCUCCGCUGUGGAGCUUUUCAGCUCCUUCAGGGUUUUCUUUGGUCUCUUUGUUGCCUCUCUGUUUAAUGCCCUCCUUGACUGGUCUGUGAGUUUUGGUGGGUGGCCCUCUCUUGGCAGGUUUGUUGUGGUGCCAUAUUCUUUCAAUUUUUUAAAUAAUGGAUUUAAUGGUGCUCCGUGGGAUGUUCAAAGUUUCUGAUAUUUUUUUAUAACCCAACCCUGAUCUGUACUUCACAACUUUGUCCCUGACCUGUUUGGAGAGCUCCUUGGUCUUCCUGGUGCCGCUUGCUUUGUGGUGUUGCAGACUCUGGGGCCUUUCAGAACAGGUGUAUAUAUACUGAGAUCAUGUGACAGAUCAUGUGACACUUAGAUUGCAAACAGGUGGACUUUAUUUAACUAAUUAUGUGACUUCUGAAGGUAAUUGGUUGCACCAGAUCUUAUUUAGGGGGCUUCAUAGCAAAGGGGGUGAAUACAUAUGCACGCACCACUUUUCCGUUAUUACUUUUUUAGAAUUUUUUGAAACAAGUUCUUUUUUUCAUUUCACUUCACCAAUUUGGACUAUUUUGUGUAUGUGCAUUACAUGAAAUCCAAAUAAAAAUCAAUUUAAAUUACAGGUUGUAAUGCAAAAAAAUAGGAAAAACGCCAAGGGGGAUGAAUACUUUUGCAAGGCACUGUAUGUGAAGUGAACUGGCAAGGGCAGUGUGAAUACAAAGAGAACAGUUAUUUUGCUUAUUUUAUUUUUUACCCCAGAGAGGAUUGAGAUCGGUUAUUUUAAAGAGGAGUAUAUGUGAAAAUACCAUUACCUCUCCCAAUGUGUUCUCCAAUCUCAUAAAACAUUUUAGAAAAAGGCUCAGUGUUGCAAGGGGAGGGUGCUGGAGUAUUGAAGGGUGUCAAUAAAUUAAAAAGGAUGACUUGUUAAACAAAAUCUCUUUCUCUGACCAAUUGUGUUAGUAUAUAAUAAUAUAAUUUUCAAUUUUGUUUAGCAUACAAUAUAUCUCACUAUUUGAAUUAUUUAUUUGAUAGUCUUUUUUGCUCAUCUUUGUCAAGGGUGCCAAAUAUUUUGGAGGUGAAAAUGUUAAAUAUGUACAAUAUUGGAAAGUAUUUUCAGGGUUAGAUUUCAAAACCAUCUGGAUAUAAAGCUAUAGAAAAGUAGAUAUCUAUGUGAAUUAGUAACCAAAGCAGUAACAUGAAAAAUAUUUCCAAGAGAACCAAGGGGAUGAAUAAUAAUAAUAAUAAAAAAAGGUGUACCUUUGAUAAGAAAGGUCAAGGAACUGUAGCUCAUAUGGACGGAGUGUAAGCUAUUGAAAUUUAGACCUAGCACAGGAAAUAUCCAUGUAAAAUCAGUUAAAUAAAAAAAUGGCAAUUCUAAUGGGUGUACUGUGGACAAGGGAGGUCAGACCUAAAGUGUUUUUAGAUGUAUAAGUAAUUUGAACUAAAAGCUAUUGAAAAUUUGAUCUGAACGAGAAUUAAUAACCACAGCUGUAAUGGGAGAAAUAUUUGUAGAAAAUUAAAGGAGAGGAAUUUUAAAAAAAUUACCCCAUCACACUUGAAACCCAUCGUACUUGUCGGUAGACCUAUAGCUCAUAUGGACAGUGAGCUAAUGAAAAUUAGACCUAUCACAGGAAAUAUUCAUGUAAAACAGUUAACUGAAAAAUGGCAGGGGAGGAAUUUUGUAAAAGUAAUUAGCUUUGAUAAUAGAGGUCAGGGAACACACCGCACUUGUCUUUAGAUCUCUAGCACAUGUGGAUCAGAAGCCAUAAAAAAACUAUAAUUCUGACCGGAAAUAUUCACAGUGACUUUGCUACAAGUGAUUUUAGCUCUCUAGGUCAUGCAAGUAGGCUACAGUAGGUUGCAUACGAGUGAACAAUUUCAUAGGCCUAUUUGUUUUUUGGAGCUCAUAUUUUUAGAUAAAAUCCAUAAGAAAUAAACAAGAUACUUUUUUCAUAUAAAUGUUGUGGGGAAAAAACAUAAAGUUGGUUUAAGAUCUGUAGAUCAUAAAAAAUAAAAUCUAUAAACACCAGGGUCGGCUGAUUAAGCUUUUAAGACGGUCCCUUAGCAUGAGUGCUUUACCAACAUACUUUUUAUUUAACCCUUAUUUUUACCAGGUAUAAAAGGCUCUGCAUGGUCAAGCUGACAUCUGAAGUGGCCAUACAGCAUUUACUUUGAUGCAGACUUCAGGACUUUCAUACUUUUUGGCUUAGUGGAGCAGAGCUAUUCUCAAAGAAGUUGUCAAGGAAGCAUUUGUCUUUAUACAGGACCUCCCGCCCUCACCUACGGUUAGCCAAUCAUGUCAAUGCAAAGCUAUAUGGAGCUAUCAAAGGCAAUUUAUGCUUGAUCCGAAAUGUGGUUGGAGGCAAUUGCGGAGCCUCAGGAGGCAUGCAGAGGUCAAAUCAAGCUCAGUACUGCAUCCCAAUGCACCUCUCAAAUUUUGUAACAAGGUGGAGGGCUCCAUUGCUCCGCAUUGACAUGAUUGGUUGAUUUUAGGUGGGGGCGGUACAUCCUGUAUAAACACACUUCCUUUACAACUUCUUUCACAAUAGCUCUGCUCUGCUAAGCGCAAUAAGUACGAAAGCCCUGAUGUUUGCAGAGGCGGUAUUGUAAAAAUGCUGUAUGGCCACUUCAGUCUUAGGAUUGACCAUUCAGAGCCUUCCAGCAUUGUUACAAAAUUUGGGAGGAGAAGCUCAAUUUGGCCUCUGCAUGCCUCCAGAAGCUCCGACAUUUCAUCACACCCUCCAUAUGGAGGCUCCGACCACAUUUUCGGAUCAAACAUAAAUUGGCUUGUAAGUCACAUUUUGAAAACCGAACAGAAGGAGGAAAAACAAUUACUGUAACUAGCUCUCGAUCGCCAUCUGAUUCUAGAUAUAUCAUCCUAUUACCUUCCGUCGAAGAGGUAUUAACGAGCAAACUCCGAAUAUCAAACCAAUAUACAAACUGAAAACAAAAUGUAUUGCAGUACACUAUUGCAUGUGCGCUCCCUCCGCACUAUUCACUUUUUGACAGCUAAAGCCGUAGUUUGGUCUUAUAGUUUGUCAACUUCGUCCUGGGAGAACAUUUAUUCAAUCGUUAAAUUAGCUGCAAAUCAAUAUAUUUUUAAUAUGGACAAUACUUUGGAGAGACUGACUGAUUUAGUCUUCAAAUAUGUAUGUGUAGGCUACCUUUUCAACCGUGUCUGAGUGUCACCUAGGAAACGGGUAACAAUUUCGUGAUGUUCUAAAUGUUAUUUUAUAGCAACCAAUACGUUCGACAACAACUCGUUUAUUUUCCCACCUUUAUGCACUGGCAAUGCGGAUCAGGGGUCAAUUUGAUGUUUAGUUCAAUACAGUCAGGCAUGGGGCCACACCAGUAGAUCUUUAAAGUGUGGUUUCAUCAUUAUUUUAAGCAGUGCUUGACUUGGGCUGGAGCUGUCUGGAACGCCAUACCGGCACUUCAAUUUUUUGGGGAAUUGAGUGCCAUCUCCUCUAUAAAAACAAAGUAGCCUAUCGCUAUUCACACACCGAGGCAAAAAAGGUUGAUCAAAGCGGAAUGAAGGCGGGAUCUUCAUUGAAUAGAAAUGGAGAGUGGGCAUUCAUUUCCUGAUUCCGUUUUGUUCAUGUUUAUUUUUGCCUUUAGUCUGUGAAUCUGUGAGUGACAGUAGGCUGUUCGAGAUUGCGCAGAUUGAAAAUGUGCCAGCCUGAAUGACAUGAUGCGCUGUUCCAAGUUGCCAAAUGAGGGUUUGCAAGGUCAUGGAAAUUGUUGUUAAUGUAAUUCAUGAAAGCACACUUCUAAAUAUGAUCAAUCAAUUAUAAAACUGCAUAUCAGUCAUUAUCGGAAUGACCCUUCAUUGCAUGUCCGUGUGUGCCAGUGCUAGUGGGCCGUUGCUCGAGGAGAGAGAGCGCUACAUUUCAGCAGCAGGUAUAAAAUAAUAACAGACAGACUAACUAGAUCGCCAAUUCAAAACAUAACUUGUAGCAGUUAUCUCGCUGGUUAACUAUAGCUAACUAAGCGUUCAUUUCGUUGUUGCCUUUCCACCGGCACUGUAGAGCCUAAAUAAAUCUGCACCGUUGGAAACCUGGCAUUCCACUCUAUUAAUAAACAGUAGCCAUGUAAUUACGACAACGUAAAACAUUUUAAAGAAUAGCCUAAUUGACAAAUAACUUCCUGUGCAUAGAUCUCCCCCGAAACAUGAAUAUUUGAGCCUUCAAUGAAAACCUCUAGUUGGAUACUUUUCUUUGAAGUAGCAUACCUUAUCCAUUUGGUCCCUGAUUUAUUGAAUGAGGAAAUAAUUUUAUAAAGACAAAAGUAUUUGGUUGUAAUGUUGAAAAAGCCAUGCCUGCACACCCAGGAGCUCACCAGAUGGAGGGUUGACCACAUGUUGACAUGUGACAAAAAAUGCAGCUCUAUGUGGGGGGCUAAGUGCCUUCAUCAAGGGCACAAUGGCAGGAGGUGGUAGGUCUACAUGGGAUCAGACAGAGCAGCUUUACAGUGUCAAUAAUGCUUACUUUUUCAUGUAGGCUAAAAUAAUAGUCAUAAAAAUGUGGUUAAAAUUCAUGGAGAAGUAAUGGAAAAUAUGUAUAAACCGUUAACAGUGAAUAAUCAGCGGUCUCUAUAGCAUAAUGUCUUUUGUGAAUUUCGGUGGAUAAAGUCUAAUGGACUGACUUGGAAAAAGGCAUCUCCUGCGCUUCUUCCAUCCCAAGUCAAGCACUGAUUUUAAGAGAUUUAAGCUGGUUCAAAUGGCAACAAUUAUACACUACCAGUCAAAAGUUUGGACACACAUACUAAUUCAAGGGUUUUUCUUUAUUUUUACUAUUUUUUACAUCUUAGAAUAAUAGUGAAGACAUCACAACUAUGAAAUAACACAUGGAAUCAUGUAGUAACCAAAAACGUGUUAAACAAAUCAAAGUAUGUUUUAUAUUUGAGAUUCUUCAAAUAGCCACCGUUUGCCUUGAUGACAGCUUUGCACACUCUUGGCAUUCUCUCAACCAGCUUCAUGAGGUAGUCACCUGGAAUGCAUUUCAAUUAAUAGGUGUGCCUUCUUAAAAGUUAAUUUGUAGAAUUUCUUAAUGGGUUUGAGCCAAUCAGUUUUGUUGUCACAAGAUACAGAAGAUAGCCCUAUUUGGUAAAAGACCAAGUCCAUAUUAUGGCAAGAACAGCUCAAAUAAGCAAAGAGAAACGACAGUCCAUCAUUACUUUAAUGCAUGAAGGUCAGUCAAUAAGGACAAUUUCAAGAACUUUUCAAGUUUCUUCAAGUGCAGUCGCAAAAACCAUCAAGCGCUAUGAAGAAACUGUCUGUCACGAGGACCACCACAGGAAUGGAAGACCCAGACUUACCUCUGCUGCAGAGGAUAAGUUCAUUAAAGUUACCAGCCUCAGAAAUUGCAGCCCAAAUAAAUGCUUCACAGAGUUCAAGUAACAGACACAUCUCAACAUCAACUGUUCAGAGGGGACUGUGUGAAUCAGGCAUUCAUGGUCGAAUUGCUACAAAGAAACCACUACUAAAGGACACCAAUAAGAAGAAGAGACCUGCCUGGGCCAAGAAACACGAGCAAUGGACAUUAGACCGAUGGAUAUUUGUCCUUUGGUUUGGAGUCCAAAUUGGAGAUUUUUGGUUCCAACCACCGUGUCUUUGUGAGAUGCGGUGUGGGUGAACGGGUUUUCUCUGCAUGUGUAGUUCCCACCGUAAAGCAUGGAGGAGGAUGUGUUAUGGUGUGGGGUGCUUUGCUGGUGACACUGUCUGUGAUUUAUUUAGAAUUCAAGGCACACUUAACCAGCAUGGCUACCACAGCAUUACGCCAUCCCAUCUGGUUUGGGCUUAGUGGGACGAUCAUUAGGAGAGUGAUGGUGUGCUGCAUCAGAUGACCUGGCCUCCACAAUCCCCCGACCUCAACCCAAUUGAGAUGGUUUGGAAUGAGUCGGACGGCAGAGUGAUGUAAAAGCAGCCAACAAGUGCUCAGCAUAUGUGGGAACUCCUUCAAGACUGUUGGAAAAGCAUUCCAGGUGAAGCUGGUUGAGAGAAUGCCAAGAGUGUGCAAAGCUGUCAUCAAGGCAAAGGGUGGCUAUUUGAAGAAUCUCAAAUAUAAAAUAUAUUUUGAUUUGUUAAACACUUAUUUUGGUUACUACAUGAUUCCAUAUGUGUUAUUUAAUCUUUUUGAUGUCAUCACUAUUAUUCUACAAUGUAGAAAAUAGUUGAAAUAAAGAAAAACCCUUGAAUGAGUAGGUGUGUCAACUUUUGACUGGUAGUGUAUGUAUGUGUCACUUCACCAGGGCAGUGGGACAAAUCGAAUUAAAGGCAGUCUAUUCAGGAAGUAAACUUAAAUAACUAUUCAAAAUGAGAAAAAAACGCAUCUAUUUUCAAUGACUUCUCAAUAAGCUAUUUAUUUCAAACGUUUUUCCAUUUUAUAAUUUUUAUUAAAAUCACUUCCUGAAUAAACUGCCUUCAAUUCGAAUUGACCCCAGCCCUGCUCGUCACUCCUGAAUCUGAACUGGUUUGUUUGUUUUUUCUCAGCAAUGUUUGCCCCGCCUGCGUCCGACUUCCAGGGGCCCAGCGCUCCUCCAGCCAGUACGUUUGACAGCGUGCCAGGAUAUGAAGGGACAGUGGCCGGGGGCGGAGGUAUGUGACUUGAGGACCAUGGUCCUACGUUUCCUGCCAGUGACCUUUAGUUUUAUUAGCAAACAAGUCGCUUACCACACCAGCGCUGUUCCUUAUGGUUGGUAAUUUCCAUAUAGAGUAAUAACUACCUAAUAACAACCAUGUUGCUUUGAAUUGAAAGCCCUGAGUCCUUCUUAUUAUGUUUGACUGUUUACUGUAGGUGGGUACCUGCCCCCACCCAUGCCAUCUUACCCAGCCCCUCAGCCUCAGCCUGGUCCCGCACAAUCAAACUGGAAGUAGGUGUUCAAUACAAUUGCCAUCAUUCUGUCUCAUAGUCAUAAACAUUUUUCUGCAUAGCUGUCCUCGCAAACUAUCUCUAAUCAAUGACAUAUUAAGGGGCUGUAAAUUAACCAUUGAUAGUAAAGGCUGUAACACACCUCACCUAUGACCUCGCACAGCAAGCAGUACCAAAAGGCUCCUAAACAGCUUCUACCCUCAAGCCAUAAGAUUGCUGAACAGUUAAUCAAAUGGCUACCCAGACUAUUUGCAUUGACCCCCUUAUUUUAAUGUGUAUUUAUGUGUUCUUAUUUUUGCACUGACUCUCUUGUACAGGCUCUGUACACUCACUGGACUCUAACCACACACUCACACACACUACACUGACACUCCCACAUACACACACACACACGGACACACACAUAAGCCACACACACACAUGCAUAUUGACGCCACACAUACACACAUACAUACAGUACAUACAUACAUUCACAUCCCUUCAUACUCUUCACAUACGCUGCUGCUACUCUCUGUUUAUUAUCUAUGCAUUGUCACUUUACCCCUACCUACAUGUACAUAUUCCCUCAAUUACCUCGACUAACCCGUACCCCUGAACAUUGACUCGGUACCGGUACCCCUUGUAUAUAGCCUCUUUAUUGUUAUUUUAUUGUGUUACUAUUUUUCAUUUAAUUUAUUUAGCACAUUUUUCUUACUUACUUUUUAAAAACUCUGCAUUGUUGGUUAAGGGCUCAUAAGUAAGCAUUUCGCGGUAAGGUCUACACCUGUUGUAUCUGGCGCAUGUGACAAAUAAAAUUUGAUCUGAUCAGCAAUGAUACUUAUCUGAGUUGACCCUUGUAUUUUAUGUUUACACUGUCUCUAUGCACACUCACAGGACAAAACACACAUAACAUGCACACACAUUUAUAUUGACUCUACACACAUGCACACACUCACAUACAAUCAUAGUUUACGCUGCUGAUACUCUGUUUAUCAUAUAUCCUGAUGCCUAGUCACCUUACCCCUAUACAUCUCUACCUCUCACUCCAGUAUCCCUGCACAUUGUAAAUAUGGUAUUGGAACUGACCCUGUAUAUAGCUUCUUACUUUCUUGUGUUCUUAUUUUUAUUUCUUGUGUGUUUUUGUUCUACCUUAUGUUAUUUUUACUGCUACAUUGAUAUUGAUUACAGCAUUGUUGGGUUUGUACUGUAGCUUGCAAGAAAGGCAUUUCUCUGUACUUGUGCACGUGACAUUAAAACUUGAAAACAGGUUUAUCUUAGGAGGUACUUGCUUAACUAGACUACCAGUGAUGACAGUUGAACUGAGACUCAAUGUGUACACUUUCAAUUGUGUAGUUGUCUAACAAAUAUGCUGAUUUAUCCUCCACAGUAUCCCAUCGAUCACUGAAGACACUGCUCGGGAGGCCUUUAGCCAGUAUGCCUCCACUAAGUGCUGUUACAGUUCAGCACCAGUUAAGGAUGGCGUGAUAACCAACAUGGAGGCAUACAAUACAUACAGGGUAAGAUUGAAUGUUUUUACCCUUUCUAAAAAAAUGAUGAGGAAUUUUGGCAUCCUGUUUGGCUUUUCUGUUUUUUUCCUCUCCUCUGCUUCAACUUUGAUGUAGAUCCCUCCAACUUCCUGUUAUAAUCACACCUUUUUCAGAUCUCUACAGAAUUGUAACGACCUGAGUGUUAAGGAGGGAGAAAUAAAAGCUAUUAUUUAUUCUGUGAAUCUUUGAUUUUGAGUAUUAAUGUUGAAUAUUGACAACUGGUUAGUUUGGGGUUGAAACUGACUACCUAUGCCCUUCUGUAAUUGCACCCCAUGCUCCCCUUCUAAAAGUGGUCCCUUUUAGUUUGAUUAGAGUGACUGGCCCAGACCAGAGAAUGUGAAAAAUACACACUAGAUGGUGCUAAAGUUUCAAAUAUAAUGUAUGUAUCACCAACUUUGAACAUCAAAUCUUUGAUGUAAUUUUCCUGCUUUGUUUCGCCCUUCUCAGUAUCGCCUGGAAACCUUUAUUGAGUCAAGAACCACUGAAUGGAGUCAGCAGCCAUACAAUGGUAACUAAUAUUGCUGAUUUCAAAUUACCCUAUUUAUUUAUUGUGUUAUCUAAAUGUCCAGUUCCACUGUUGUAUCUGCAUUUAUUCAUAUCUUAUUUUUGUUUUAUUUAUUUGUUUUAGGUCAGCCAGUGGAUGCCUAUACCCAACCACCACCUGGGCCCUGGGAUAUCCCUGCCAAAGUCUCCACCUUUUUUCAGGAUGACAAACAAGUCAUCAAAGUUCCCAACACCUCAUCUGUCAAGGUAUGUAUUUCUCUGUUGAUUAAAGCAUGGCAGACAAUAUACUGAAAUAUAUAUAUAUAUAUAUAUAUAUAUAUAUAUAUAUAUAUAUAUAUAUAUAUAUACAGUGGGGGAAAAAAGUAUUUAGUCAGCCACCAAUUGUGCAAGUUCUCCCACUUAAAAAGAUGAGAGAGGCCUGUAAUUUUCAUCAUAGGUACACGUCAACUAUGACAGACAAACUGAGAAAAAAAGAUCCAGAAAAUCACAUUGUAGGAUUUUUAAUGAAUUUAUUUGCAAAUUAUGGUGUAAAAUAAGUAUUUGGUCAAUAACAAAAGUUUCUCAAUACUUUGUUAUAUACCCUUUGUUGGAAAUGACACAGGUCAAACGUUUUCUGUAAGUCUUCACAAGGUUUUCACACACUGUUGCUGGUAUUUUGGCCCAUUCCUCCAUGCAGAUCUCCUCUAGAGCAGUGGUGUUUUGGGGCUGUCGCUGGGCAACACGGACUUUCAACUCCCUCCAAAGAUUUUCUAUGGGGUUGAGAUCUGGAGACUGGCUAGGCCACUCCAGGACCUUGAAAUGCUUCUUAUGAAGCCACUCCUUUGUUGCCCGGGUGGUGUGUUUGGGAUCAUUGUCAUGCUGAAAGACCCAGCCACGUUUCAUCUUCAAUGCCCUUGCUGAUGGAAGGAGGUUUUCACUCAAAAUCUCACGAUACAUGGCCCCAUUCAUUCUUUCCUUUACACGGAUCAGUCGUCCUGGUCCCUUUGCAGAAAAACAGCCCCAAAGCAUGAUGUUUCCACCCCCAUGCUUCACAGUAGGUAUGGUGUUCUUUGGAUGCAACUCAGCAUUCUUUGUCCUCCAAACACGACGAGUUGAGUUUUUACCAAAAGUUAUAUUUUGGUUUCAUCUGACCAUAUGACAUUCUCCCAAUCCUCUUCUGGAUCAUCCAAAUGCACUCUAGCAAACUUCAGACGGGCCUGGACAUGUACUGGCUUAAGCAGGGGGACACGUCUUCCACUGCAGGAUUUGAGUCCCUGGCGGCAUAGUGUGUUACUGAUGGUAGGCUUUGUUACUUUGGUCCCAGCUCUCUGCAGGUCAUUCACUAGGUCCCCCCGUGUGGUUCUGGGAUUUUUGCUCACCGUUCUUGUGAUCAUUUUGACCCCACGGGGUGAGAUCUUGCGUGGAGCCCCAGAUCGAGGGAGAUUAUCAGUGGUCUUGUAUGUCUUCCAUUUCCUAAUAAUUGCUCCCACAGUUGAUUUCUUCAAACCAAGCUGCUUACCUAUUGCAGAUUCAGUCUUCCCAGCCUGGUGCAGGUCUACAAUUUUGUUUCUGGUGUCCUUUGACAGCUCUUUGGUCUUGGCCAUAGUGGAGUUUGGAGUGUGACUGUUUGAGGUUGUGGACAGGUGUCUUUUAUACUGAUAACAAGUUCAAACAGGUGCCAUUAAUACAGGUAACGAGUGGAGGACAGAGGAGCCUCUUAAAGAAGGAGUUACAGGUCUGUGAGAGCCAGAAAUCUUGCUUGUUUGUAGGUGACCAAAUACUUAUUUUCCACCAUAAUUUGCAAAUAAAUUCAUUAAAAAUCCUACAGUGUGAUUUUCUGGAGAAAAAAAUUCUCAAUUUCUUUGUCAUAGUUGACGUGUACCUAUGAUGAAAAUGACAGGCCUCUCUCAUCUUUUUAAGUGGGAGAACUUGCACAAUUGGUGGCUGACUAAAUACUUUUUUUCCCCACUGUAUAUACUGCUCAAAAAAAUUAAGGGAACACUAAAAUAACACAUCCUAGAUCUGAAUGAAUGAAAUAAUCUCAUUAAAUACUUUUUUCUUUACAUAGUUGAAUGUGCUGACAACAAAAUCACACACAAAUUAUCAAUGGAAAUCAAAUUUAUCAACCCAUGGAGGUCUGGAUUUGGAGUCACCCUCAAAAUUAAAGUGGAAAACCACACUACAGGCUGAUCCAACUUUGAUGUAAUGUCCUUAAAACAAGUCAAAAUUAGGCUCAGUAGUGUGUGUGGCCUCCACGUGCCUGUAUGACCUCCCUACAACGCCUGGGCAUGCUCCUGAUGAGGUGGUGGAUGGUCUCCUGAGGGAUCUCCUCCCAGACCUGGACUAAAGCAUCCGCCAACUCCUGGACAGUCUGUGGUGCAACGUGGCGUUGGUGGAUGGAGCGAGACAUGAUGUCCCAGAUGUGCUCAAUUGGAUUCAGGUCUGGUGAACGGGCGGGCCAGUCCAUAGCAUCAAUGCCUUCCUCUUGCAGGAACUGCUGACACACUCCAGCCACAUGAGGUCUUGCAUUAGGAGGAACCCAGGGCCAACCGCACCAGCAUAUGGUCUCACAAGGGGUCUGAGGAUCUCAUCUCGGUACCUAAUGGCAGUCAGGCUACCUCUGGCGAGCACAUGGAGGGCUGUGCGGCCCCCCAAAGAAAUGCCACCCCACACCAUGACUGACCCACCGCCAAACCGGUCAUGCUGGAGGAUGUUGCAGGCAGCAGAACGUUCUCCACGGCGUCUCCAGACUCUGUCACGUCUGUCACGUGCUCAGUGUGAACCUGCUUUCAUCUGUGAAGAGCACAGGGCGCCAGUGGCAAAUUUGCCAAUCUUGGUGUUCUCUGGCAAAUGCCAAACGUCCUGCACUGUGUUGGGCUGUAAGCACAACCCCCACCUGUGGACGUCGGGCCCUCAUACCACCCUCAUGGAGUCUGUUUCUGACCGUUUGAGCAGACACAUGCACAUUUGUGGCCUGCUGGAGGUCAUUUUGCAGGGCUCUGGCAGUGCUCCUCCUGCUCCUCCUUGCACAAAGGCGGAGGUAGCAGUCCUGCUGCUGGGUUGUUGCCCUCCUACGGCCUCCUCCACGUCUCCUGAUGUACUGGCCUGUCUCCUGGUAGCGCCUCCAUGCUCUGGACACUACGCUGACAGACACAGCAAACCUUCUUGCCACAGCUCGCAUUGAUGUGCCAUCCUGGAUGAGCUGCACUACCUGAGCCACUUGUGUGGGUUGUAGACUCCGUCUCAUUCAAAAGUGACCAAAACAUCAGCCAGGAAGCAUAGGAACUGAGAAGUGGUCUGUGGUCACCACCUGCAAAACCAGUCCUUUAUUGGGGGUGUCUUGCUAAUUGCCUAUAAUUUCCACCUGUUGUCUAUUCCAUUUGCACAACAGCAUGUGAAAUUUAUUGUCAAUCAGUGUUGCUUCCUAAGUGGACAGUUUGAUUUCACAGAAGUGUGAUUGAUUUGGAGUUACAUUGUGUUGUUCAAGUGUUCCCUUAAUUUUUUUGAGCAGUCUAUGUAUGUAUGUAUGUAUGUAUGUAUGUAUGUAUGUAUGUAUGUGUAUGUAUGUAUGUGUAUGUAUGUAUGUACAGUGGGGGAAAAAAUUUGCCACCAAUUGUGCAAGUUCUCCCACUUAAAAGAUGAGAGAGGCCUGUAAUUUUCAUCAUAGGUACACGUCAACUAUGACAGCAACAUGAGGAAAAAAAAUCCAGAAAAUCACAUUGUAGGAUUUUUUAUGAAUUUAUUUGCAAAUUAUGGUGGAAAAUAAGUAUUUAGUCAAUAACAAAAGUUUCUCAAUACUUUGUUAUAUACCCUUUGUUGGCAAUGACACAGGUCAAACGUUUUCUGUAAGUCUUCACAAGGUUUUCACACACUGUUGCUGGUAUUUUGGCCCAUUCCUCCAUGCAGAUCUCCUCUAGAGCAGUGAUGUUUUGGGGCUGUCGCUGGGCAACACGGACUUUCAACUCCCUUCAAAGAUUUUCUAUGGGGUUGAGAUCUGGAGACUGGCUAGGCCACUCCAGGACCUUGAAAUGCUUCUUACGAAGCCACUCCUUCGUUGCCCGGGCGGUGUGUUUGGGAUCAUUGUCAUGCUGAAAGACCCAGCCACGUUUCAUCUUCAAUGCCCUUGCUGAUGGAAGGAGGUUUUCACUCAAAAUCUCACGAUACAUGGCCCCAUUCAUUCUUUCCUUUACACGGAUCAGUCGUCCUGGUCCCUUUGCAGAAAAACAGCCCCAAAGCAUGAUGUUUCCACCCCCAUGCUUCACAGUAGGUAUGGUGUUCUUUGGAUGCAACUCAGCAUUCUUUGUCCUCCAAACACGACGAGUUGAGUUUUUACCAAAACGUUCUAUUUUGGUUUCAUCUGACCAUAUGACAUUCUCCCAAUCCUCUUCUGGAUCAUCCAAAUGCACUCUAGCAAACUUCUGACGGGCCUGGACAUGUACUGGCUUAAGCAGGGGGACACGUCUGGCACUGCAGGAUUUGAGUCCCUGGCAGCGUAGUGUGUUACUGAUGGUAGGCUUUGUUACUUUGGUCCCAGCUCUCUGCAGGUCAUUCACUAGGUCGCCGCGUGUGGUUCUGGGACCUGUAACCUCUUCUUUAAGAGGCUCCUCUGUCCUCCUCUCGUUACCUGUAUUAAUGGCACCUGUUUGAACUUGUUAUCAGUAUAAAAGACACCUAUCCACAACCUCAAACAGUCACACUCCAAACUCCACUAUGGCCAAGACCAACGAGCUGUCAAAGGACACCAGAAACAAAAUUGUAGACCUGCACCAGGCUGGGAAGACUGAAUCUGCAAUAGGUAAGCAGCUUGGUUUGAAGAAAUCAACUGUGGGAGCAAUUAUUAGGAAAUGGAAGACAUACAAGACCACUGAUAAUCUCCCUCGAUCUGGGGCUCCACGCAAGAUCUCACCCCGUGGGGUCAAAAUGAUCACAAGAACGGUGAGCAAAAAUCCCAGAACCACACGGGGGGGCCUAGUGAAUGACCUGCAGAGAGCUGGGACCAAAGUAACAAAGCCUACCAUCAGUAACACACUACGCCGCCAGGGACUCAAAUCCUGCAGUGCCAGACGUGUCCCCCUGCUUAAGCCAGUACAUGUCCAGGCCCGUCUGAAGUUUGCUAGAGUGCAUUUGGAUGAUCCAGAAGAGGAUUGGGAGAAUGUCAGAUGAAACCAAAAUAGAACGUUUUGGUAAAAACUCAACUCAACUCGUCGUGUUUGGAGGACAAAGAAUGCUGAGUUGCAUCCAAAGAACACCAUACCUAUUGUGAAGCAUGGGGGUGGAAACAUCAUGCUUUGGGGCUGUUUUUCUGCAAAGGGACCAGGACGACUGAUCCGUGUAAAGGAAAGAAUGAAUGGGGCCAUGUAUCGUGAGAUUUUGAGUGAAAACCUCCUUCCAUCAGCAAGGGCAUUGAAGAUGAAACGUGGUUGGGUCUUUCAGCAUGACAAUGAUCCCAAACACACCGCCCGGGCAACGAAGGAGUGGCUUCGUAAGAAGCAUUUCAAGGUCCUGGAGUGGCCUAGCCAGUCUCCAGAUCUCAACCCCAUAGAAAAUCUUUGGAGGGAGUUGAAAGUCCGUGUUGCCCAGCGACAGCCCCAAAACAUCACUGCUCUAGAGGAGAUCUGCAUGGAGGAAUGGGCCAAAAUACCAGCAACAGUGUGUGAAAACCUUGUGAAGACUUACAGAAAACGUUUGACCUGUGUCAUUGCCAACAAAGGGUAUAUAACAAAGUAUUGAGAAACUUUUGUUAUUGACCAAAUACUUAUUUUCCACCAUAAUUUGCAAAUAAAUUCAUAAAAAAUCCUACAAUGUGAUUUUCUGGAUGUUUUUUUCUCAUUUUGUCUGUCAUAGUUGACGUGUACCUAUGAUGCAAAUUACAGACUGGCUAGGCCACUCCUCCCUCUCCCUUCCCUCACCAGCCAGCCGCACCAAGUACUCGCUAGUGAUCUGGUGCCAUACUCGGAUGUACAACAGGUGUCCAAGAUAGCUGCCUAUGCUUACAGUGCAAUCUCUCAGAUCAAGGUGGAUGCUAAAGAAGAGCUAGUGGUUCAAUUUGCCAUCCCCUGAUCUGGCCUCCAUAAUACUCAUCCCGUCCCGUCCCGUCCCCCAUACCCACAAUGCAUCUAUGAUUACCAGUCCCUGUGCUACCCAGCUAUGCCACUAGCAACCUGCUGCUCCAGCUGAGGACUAUGACAACUAGGCCUCCCCUGCUGAAAAGGUUAACCAACCUUGCCCUGCACUCCUCAGAACCACCUUUCAAAGCCACCAUUCAUCUUUCCUUCACCAGCCGUCAAAGGAAUUUUUUUACUAUCAUAUGGUAGUAUAACGAUAAUGGUGUUAGGGCAGCUUUUGUAAUUUAAAAGUUUAUUGUUUGAAGAGUGACUGAGUCUGAUUUAAUGAAUAAACGGUUAGCUAGCUGCGCGGCAUGGCUAGGCUGCUGGUGGCGUUAGCUCUGGCUGUGAGUUUCAGGAGUAGCUAGCCUCGUCUGAUAUGCAGCUACGGUAAUAUACUAACUAACUAACUAACCACAGCUAGGAAAAUAGGGUAAUUAAGCAUGUCCAAAUGUAGCACAGUAACAGGACAAAAAAAGAUGUCCACAGCCAGCCAACCCACUAGUCAGCAUGGGGAUGCUGUUGUUCUGACACUGUGUGGACCCGUCACCCAGAACACACAUCCCACCCCUCAAGUCUCAUGUCAGUAUGAAAAAUGUAUGCACUCACUAACUGUAAGCCGCUCUGGAUAAGAGCGUCUGCUAAAUGACUAAAAUGUAAAUGUAAAUGUACAGGCCUCUCUCAUCUUUUUAAGUGGGAGAACUUGCACAAUUGGUGGCUGACUAAAUACUUUUUUUCCCUACUGUAUACUACCGGUCAAAAGUUUUAGAACACCUACUCAUUCAAGGGUUUUUCUUUGUUUUUACUAUUUUCUACAUUGUUGAAUAAUAGUUAAGACAUCAAAACUAUGAAAUAACACAUGGAAUCAUAUAGUCCCGUGUAGCUCAGUUGGUAGAGCAUGGCGUUUGCAACGCCAGGGUUGUGGGUUCGAUUCCCACGGGGGGCCAGUAUGAAAAAAGAAAUGUAUGCACUCACUAAGUCGCUCUGGAUAAGAGCGUCUGCUAAAUGACUAAAAUGUAAAUGUAGUAACCAAAAAAGUGUUAAACAAAUCAAAAUAUAUUUUAUAUUUGAGAUCAUUCAAAUAGCCUCCCUUUGCCUUCUUAAAAGUUAAUUUGUGGAAUUUAUUUCCUUCUUAAUGCAUUUGAGCCAAUCAGUUGUGUUGUGACAAGGUAGGGGAGGGUAUACAGAAGAUAGCCCUAUUUGGUAAAAGACCAAGUCCAUAUUAUGGCAAGAACUGCUCAAGUAAGCAAAUAGAAACGACAGUCCAUCAUUACUUUAAGACAUGAAGGUCAGUCAAUACGCAACAUUUCAAGAAUUUUCAAAGUUUCUUCAAGUGCAGUCGCAAAAUCCAUCACGCGCUAUGAUGAAACUGGCUCUCAUGAGGACCGCCACAGGAAUGGAAGACCCAGAGUUACCAGCCUCAGAAAUUGCAGCCCAAAUAAAUGCUUCACAGAGUUCAAGUAACAGACACAUCUCAACAUCAACUGUUCAGAGGAGACUGUGUGAAUCAGGCCUUCAUGGUCAAAUUGCUGCAAAGAAACCACUACUAAAGGACACCAAUAAGAAGAAGAGACUUACUUGGGCCAAGAAACACGAGCUGUCUGUGAUUUAUUUAGAAUUCAAGGCACACUUAACCAGCAUGCCUACCACAGCAUUCUGCAGCGAUACGCCAUCCCAUCUGGUUUGGGCUUAGUGGGACUAUCAUUUGUUUUUCAACAGGACAAUGACCCAACAGACCUCCAGACUGUGUAAGGGCUAUUUUACCAAGAAGGAGAGUGAUGGAGUGCUGCAUCAGAUGACCUGGCCUCCACAAUCCCCCGACCUCAACCCAAUUGAGAUGGUUUGGGAUGAGUCGGACAGCAGAGUGAAGGAGAAGCAGCCAACAAGUGCUCAGAAUAUGUGGGAAGUCCUUCAAGACUGUUGGAAUAGCAUUCCAGGUGAAGCUGGUUGAGAGAAUGCCAAGAGUGUGCAAAGCUGUCAUCAAGGCAAAGGGUGGCUAUUUGAAGAAUCUCAAAUAUAAAAUAUAUUUUGAUUUGUUUAACACUUUUUUGGUUACUACAUGAUUCCAUGUGUUAUUUCAUAGUUUUGAUGUCUUCUAUUAUUCUACAAUGUAGAAAAUAGUAAAAACAAAGAAAAACCCUUGAAUGAGUAGGUGGUCUAAAACUUUUGACCGGUAGUGUAUGUCUGAAAUGAUUAAAUAUGCCUUUUUAUAAACUGUAAUUUAAUCAACAGAACUGUCAUACCUGUGUGGGGAUGGGAAGAACUCCCUGCAAAGAUUGUGCCGGAGUUGGUAAUGUAAGUGGCAAUACCAAGUCAAAUAAAAAGCAUGAGCUGGCACACACCCAAAAAAGUUGGUAGAGGUGUUGAUUAACGGCAAGUAAACUAUAGGCUAUAAAAAAUAUAUAAGGAGAUUCAAACACUCUAUAUACAAGCUCCCAGUAAUUUAUUGGGUAAACCACCAACGUUUCGGCAUUACUGUGCCUUCUUCAGGGUGAUGUCAUGAAUGCUUGAACCAGGUUAUGUAGACAAACAGUGCAAUUAGUGCAACCAAUGACAAUAGUGAGUGGUGUGUUCUACACUAGAUUACCAAAAGUAUGUGGACACCUGCUCGUCGAACAUCUCAUUCCAAAAUCAUGGGCAUUAAUAUGGAGUUGGUCCCCCCUUUGCUGCUAUAACAGCCUCCACUCUUCUGGGAAGGCUUUCCACUAGAUGUUAGAACAUUGCUGCGGGGACUUGCUUCCAUUCAGCCACAAGAGCAUUAGUGAGGUCGGGCACUGAUCUUGGGCGAUUAGGCUUGGCUUGCAGUCGGUGUUCCAAUUCAUCCCAAAGGUGUUCGAUGGGGUUGAGGUCAGGGCUCUGUGCAGGCCAGUCAAGUUCUCCCACACCGAUCUCAACAAACUAUUUCUGUAUGGACUUCGCUUUGUGCACUGGGGCAUUGUCAUGUUAAACUGUUAAAAGAAUAGUUCAACAUAAUUAGAUAUUGUACAAAGUAUUAGCAACCGCAUACAUUAUUAUUUUAAUUUCAUAUACAUAUUUCAUUGUUUUCAUUUAAUCUUUGUUACAUGUAAUAUUUUGGUUCAACUGUAAUGCACAAUAAGCAUCAUCAACAAAGGGAACAUCUUGGGUGCACGCUGAUAUACUUCAGAAAUAAUAUGUUCAUUUAGCAGACUUGUUCAUUAAAAAGGGGACUUGUUCAUAAAAAGGGUCUGAGGUCAAAGUCAAUUUUCAGACCACUAGGGGUCAGUGUUCUUUGAGAGGAGAUCCAGCAGGCCUCCCUCAGUUGUAGCAGGGUAUUGAUGUUACUACCUCUCCUUCCUUAUUAUAAAAAAAUAUAAAUAAAUGAUUAUGCUUAUUGUGCAUUAAGGUUGAACCGAAAGAUUACAUAUAACAAAGAUGGCAUGAAAUGGAAACAAUAAAAUAUGUAUAUGACAUUUUAAUAAUAAUUAUGUAUGUUGAUGCUAAUAGAAUGUACAAUAUUUAAUUAUGUUGCAAUAUGAUAUCAAUAACCUAAUAUAUUCAACAUGCUGUAAACUAUUGUCUUUUUAAGUUUCAUUUUUUACAUUGUCAUCACCCUAAUAAUUAUGACACACCCCUCACUAUUGUCAUUGGUUGCACUAAUUGCACUGUUUGUCUACACAACCUGGUUCAAGCAUUCAUGACAUCACCCUGAAGAAUGCACAGUGAUGCUGAAACGUGGGUGGUUUACCCAAUAAAUUACUGUGAGCUUGUAUAUAGAGUAGAGUGUGCGACUCUCUUUACUUAUUUUUUUUUUAUAGCCGACAAUAUUAAGUUACCAUAAUUUGCAGUUGCAUUGCAGCCUUGGUAACGAUGUAAAAAAAAUAAUCAUAGAAGAUAAUUCAAUAUUUUGACAACUGAAUUACCUGCACCUACACAUGAACUAAACGACUAGUUACUUUCAGUUGUAUAAAUGAAUGUGAGUCUCUUUGUUUAUUCAAGCUGUCACAAACAAUAGCCUAAGGAACUAGUCUGUGGUGUUGUCACAGGGUACUCUAUAAACCACAUAGUGUGUCAGGUUGAGUUAUUUCCUUGUUUUUAUCACCGCUACCAGAACAUCUGCUGGGUGUGCAAUGGAGCUGGUAACCGUAGGAGUGGUGAUCGAUGCCAUCAUUGCCAAGGGAGGGGAAGGGUCAAGUAAGUAUGUUAUGCACUCCAUUUAUCAGCUUUUAAUCACAGGUAAAAAACUAAUUUCUGGAGGAAAGGAAACUCCACAGAGAAUCACAAAAAUAUGUUUGCUUACUUAGCAAAUGUGUGUAGCUAUAGCACCGUUUUGUAUUUCAGUCAUUUCCAUAUGGCCUCUCAGGGACUUGGGUAGCUUGAUUCACGUUGUUUUUCUCAUCAGUUGCAGCCAUUGUCAUGGUCAAGGGUCAAGGGAGUGUCAGACCUGUAAAGGCAAACGACAGCUUUUGGUCUUCAUCAACCUCAAGGUUAUAUGGUGAGUGGUGUUGUUAGCUAAGCAUUUUUCAACUAAAUAACCGUAUGUGUCAUACAUUAGAUGCACUAGAUCCAGUAGAUCUCUGCUUCCCUUGUAUGAUUAACUAGGAGAUUUGUUUAUUCCGUAUCGUAUUUGUUUAUUCCGUAUCCCACGGGGGACAGUAUAAAAAAAAAAAAAAAAAAAAUGUAUUCACUAACUGUAAGUCGCUCUGGAUAAGAGCGUCUGCUAAAUGACUAAAAUGUAAAAAAUGUAAAUCUUCAACUUUGACUUGAUUUCCUCUUUCUGUAUCCACACUUACUAGGACUAAUAAUCUUGACGACUACAUUGUGGAACAGUCGAGUGGUUUGCAUGUGGCCAACCUGAGCAAGGUGUCUGGGCAGGAGAUGUUUAGGGACGCUCAGUACAUGGUAAAUAAUUAAUAAUAAUAAUAAUAUGGGAAUAUUACAUUUAUUGGAAUAAUUUAUAAUGGACUAAAUUGAGGAUUUAUAUAGCAUGAAAUGAAGAUAUUUGGUGAUGCCUUGUUAUGUACGUGAGACAAUGGGUUUUUCCUCUGUCAUGUAGGUUUACCCAGUGAUGGGGUUCCCAGACCCUAACGUGGUGCGUGCUGCAGAGCGUCUAGUGAGGGACCACCAAGCCAAGUUCUCUCAGACAUCACGCAUUCUACAACAGGUAGAGACUGUUUUCUUUCCCCCACCUCAUUAUUCAUAUAACAGCAACUCCUUCUUUGCAUUAAGUAUCUUAUUAAGCUGGAGGAUUAUUGUGCAUUUGCUUGUUCUAAGUUGUCAUGGUAUUUGGCUUAUUUUAAUAAGAGAAUCCUCUCUCUCUCUCUCUCUGCAGCGCCAGACCAUUGAGUUGAUUCCUAUCACCAAGGUGACCUACAAGUGGAAGGGAGACUCACACAUUUACUUUGUCUAUGGGAAUGAGUUCAAAGUCAGUGCUGAUAACUACCCAGCUACCUGUUGCUGCACAGUAAUGUAAUGCUUCAGAGGAAGACAUUGCUUUGAUUAUAUUGAAUAUGACUCUGUGUUCUAAAGACUGUGAUUAUAAAGGAGUUUAUGAUUGGCAGACUGCCAACCAUCAGACAAUUUGCUAUGUCAUUAAACAAAUGCAUGAAUGUUUUGAAUAUUUGUAUUUUCUACUUGCAAGCAAGCAAACAUGCAUGCUUUUUGUGAAAUAGACAGAUGUAAUACUAAUUCCACAGGAGUCAUUGGGGACCACACAGGCCUUAGGAUGAACCCACUGGGCACACACUGGUUG